AUGAAGGAAGCUUCCUCUGAACCACCCAAUAUAGAUGGCAGUCGCUCUGGUGCACAACCCACAGCGCCAACUGCUCAGGGCUUGAGUGAGCAACCUCGACUUCAAGAAUUCGACGAGAAGAAGACUCGAUCGGAUAAUCAAAAUGGACGCAAGACCAAGUCUCUGCACAAGAUCCCCUCUGCCGGCGAUGUCUCGUCUCCUGCUGCAGGCUCGGGGUCUGUCCUAGAAGGUCCCAGCAAGGCCGAAGAGCCUGCACAAGGAGAAACCUCAAGCACAACUAGUAAAAAUGCUGGUUUUUUUGCCGAGCUGAAGCGUAGUGUUAGAAUCGUCAUUACUUAUAGCUGGCUCAAUGUUUUUAUGGUAUUUGUCCCCGUGGGCAUUGCCGUAUCUCAGGUUCAUGGCGUCCCUGCAGGUCUUGUUUUUGGUAUGAAUGCUAUUGCAAUCAUUCCCCUUGCUGGACUCUUGGCAUUCGCUACCGAAUCUGUUGCUCUCAAAAUGGGAGAUGCCCUUGGCGCGUUGUUGAACGUUACCUUUGGCAAUGCCGUCGAGUUGAUCAUCUUUAUCCUCGCCCUGGUCAAGAACGAAAUCCGCGUUGUACAAUCAGCACUUCUAGGCUCAAUUCUUGCAAACCUUCUUUUAAUUCUGGGUAUGAGUAUGCUAUUGGGCGGUUUACGAUUCCGCGAACAGGUCUACAACAGUACUGUUACACAGAUGAGCGCUUGUCUGCUCAGUCUGAGUGUUAUCAGCCUGGUUUUGCCGACUGCUUUCCACGCCUCAUUCAAGGAUAACGACAAGGCAGACCGAGAGUCGCUCAAAAUCAGUCGCGCAACCAGCGUGGUCCUUCUGAUCGUAUAUGUCAUUUACCUCACAUUCCAGCUCAAAUCGCAUGCAUACAUGUACGAAUCUACCCCUCAGCACAUUAUUGAUGCUGAGUUGGCACCUGGACCUGCUGCUGGCUUCCUGGAUUCAUCCAGCUCUGAUGACAGCUCAUCCUCGAGUUCGGACUCAUCUGACUCUGACUCAUCUCACGGAACUAUGAGAAAGAGAAUGAAGAAGGUUCUUCGUAACAGACGACACCGAAGAUCUAGCGCUGCUUCCACCGACACCGCUGAUACCAAGGGAACCCGGUCCGCUUCAUUUGCAACCAACAACACCACCACGCCACAGGAAGAAGUUUCUGAGGCAAAAGCGUCACGUCAGCGAGUUCCUCGUACAGCUUCUUAUGAAGGAAGUGAGCAUGCCGUUGACGAUGACGACGAGGAAGAGGCAGAGCGCUCCCACAGACGCCGACGUUAUCGCCGACACAGGCAUCGCAGAAGCAAGAAGGAGGCCCGCAAAGCUAAGAAGGAAGCCAAAAACGCCCAAUCCCAGAACAAUCUACCAGAAAGCAUACCUGAUACUAAGGGGGAAGGAGAGCCUCGCCGUGUGGAUUUUGCAGUACAGGACGACCUUGAAGCCGGUCCUUCAACCAAUGGGGGCAAACGACCAUUCCCUCUAAGAGGAAUUUCUGUCAAAGCUCUGGCUCCUGUUUUCACUGAGAAACCUACCGCGGCCUCCGGCCCAGCCCCCCACGUCCGUUACGGUAUUCGACGUACCAAUUCUCUCCCCGAUCGUUUACAGUUACGAGCUCCCGGUGCAAUGUUGCCGGCUCAGAUUCCACCCAAGUUGAAUGCUCCCGGUGUUAAGUCCACCGACAGUGACGAGGAGGAGGAGGAGGGGGAACACCUUUCCCAACUUGCCGCUGUCAUCCUUCUUCUUAUUUCCACGGCCCUGGUUGCAGUCUGCGCCGAGUUUCUUGUCGACUCAAUUCAGGAUGUCGUUAAAACUUCUCACAUCAACCAGGUCGGAAUCGGUCUGAUCAUUCUGCCCAUCGUCGGUAACGCUGCUGAGCACGUCACCGCUAUCAAGGUCGCCUACAAAAACAACAUGGAUCUCGCCAUCGGUGUUGCUGUAGGAAGUUCUAUUCAGAUUGCUCUUCUCCUCACUCCUUUCAUGGUGAUCCUGGGAUGGAUCAUGAACAAGGAGAUGACAUUGUACUUUACGCUUUUCGAGACCGUGUGUCUCUUUGUAUCGGCCUUUAUUGUCAACUUUCUUGUAUUGGACGGCAGAAGCAACUACCUAGAAGGUGCCCUGCUCUGCGCGGUGUACAUCAUUAUCGCCGUUGUGGCUUUCUUUUAUCCUGACUCAGAGGAUGCAAGCGUCUGGGGAGGAGGUACUUAG